AUGGCAACGGACGCGGGCUUCUGGACUCCGACUCCCCCGAGCCCCCAGCUUCGCGGGAGGCGGCCGGCUGAGCCGCGGGCUCCGAUGGCGGGCAAGGGCGACACGCCCGAGACCGAGGAGUGCUGGAAGAUCCUCGAGAGCCUCGAGUCGACUAUUGAGCAAUGCCGGUUCAGCCCCAGACUUAAAAUUUCCGAUGAUUUGAAGAUUGGCUUUUUCAGCACAGACCAUGCUACUCAAACAGAUUCCAAUGAAAUUUUGCCAUUGAAAGAGUUGAGUUCAUCUACAGAGAAGCUAGUACAGGUCAUUAGAUCUCUUCAGGUGGAUUUUGGGUUCCUCAGAGAACUGCUUCAGCUGAAGUUUGAGGACCGUCUUAAAGAGGAGUCUUUCAACCUGUUCACUGCUCUACAUGACAGGAUCCUAACAAUCGAAAAACAUUAUCAAGAGAAUGAGGACAUCAUAAGAAAAUGCUACAAUCAGCAGUUGGCUGAUGCCAUAGCUGUUAUCAAAGGAACGUACAAGCAAUUCUUUGAGGUGGAGGAAGAGACUUUUGUGCAAGAAUCAGCUACUAUCAAAAUGAGUAAUUUGUUAAAAAGACUGAAGGAGAGAGAAGAAAUGAUUAAGGAGUUAAGAGAAGAGCUAUGUCAAUAUGAAGAGUCUAGAUUACAAAAUCUUGACGCUUUUGCCAGAGAGACAGCUCUAGAAAGAGAGGAUUUGGAGUACAAACUGGAAAACGAGAGGCUGCUUCAAAUCGUUUCAGAGCUCGAAGAAGCAAUCCGACUCAAUCUAAGGGAAAAUGCAGUAUUAGAAGAUGAAAUUAUAACUCUGAAAGAGAUGGCAGCAAAGGAUCAUACAACUAUUCAAAAGCUGAUUGAUGGUAGAGACAGAUUACUAUGUGAGCUUGAUUAUGAAAAAUCAGUAGUUCAAGAAAUGAUUAAUAAACAGAAGGAGGACAUGGAAACAAGGAAGAGGAUUGAGAGUCUAAGCGUCAAGAGCUGGAGAGCACUCAAGGAGAAAGAAACCUCUUUGUCUCUGUGGUCCUCACAACCCAGGAUUCCAUCCAGGCCUGGAACCAUUUCAAGGGCACGCUCGCCCUCCUCCAGUUUAGCGCCUGUUAAGACCAAGAAAGUUAAGACUCCGAAGAAAUCUGCCAAGGAAGAACAGCCUGUGGUAAGAUCUCCGAAACCAGUCGGAGUGCACGAAGAAAAGAAGGGGAGAUUACCAGUGGCUAAGAUGGAAGACAAACAUGAUUUGGAAGAGCAAAUACGAGUGCUAAGGGCAAAUUUAGAAAAUGAGAAAAGGAAGAUAGAAAGAUUCAAGAAAGAAUCUGAAUGGAUAAACAAAAACUGGGAAAAGAAAUUCUAUAUUCUCAGAAACAGCUUUCAUGUCCUUAAAAAUGAGAUGUUUACUAGGCACACGUUGUUUCGUCAGUUUGCAGUACUUGCUGAUUCAUCCUUCAAUUAUAUUAAAUUAAAACCUUUAUUUGUGGAGUCUAAAAUGAACCUGAUAACAGACCGUACUUCCUCUUCAAGCGAUCAUACACCUGUGCUAGACAACAAGGACACGGAUGUAGUCAGUGAUCAGACAUCUUUUCCCCCAUCACCAAAAGGGAGGGUGUCUGGAACCCUGGAAGAAGAGUCUUUGGAGAAGCCAUUGAUACUCCAGAACAACCCAGUGAACGAUGUGGAUGCUACUGAGUGA